CUGCUGGCCAACAACAAUCUCGCACCUUUUUGUGCCAAGUUUUCAAAAAGUGGGGAUCUCUGCAUCUUAAACACUUGCAAGACAUAUGUUGUUCAGGCGAAUGAUACCUGCCUGGAUAUUGCUAAAAGUAACAGACUUAGCCAGGUUCAGCUAUAUACAGUAAGGAACCCUGUCCUUGGAUAUCUAUGUAAUAAAAUCGAGAAAUCAGUGGGCGAUUCCAUCUGCGUGUCGCCACCUGGCGAUGCUGAUUUCAAACCUAACCCGACGACU